AUGUUCGCGGUUAUCGUUAAAAAGAUAACAACUUUUGAAGCAAAAUUGCUUCAAAAAGUUCGUUUCUUUGCGGUCCUCGUUGGAAGAAAACCCGCAGAUAUUGCUUCAAAAAAACAUGACACCAUUGGCGCAGAUAUUGCUUCAAAAAGUUCGGUCCUCAAGAUAACAACCAUUGGUGCAGAUAUUGCUUCAAAAAGUUCGGUUUCUUUGCGGUCUUCGUUAGAUGACACCAUUGGAGCAAAAUUGCCUCAAAAAGUUCGGUUUCUUUGCGGACCUCGUUAG